GCCGACGGACUACACUUCCCAGGAGGUUGCGGGUCGGCCGGCGGCGAGGGGGCGGUGCCUCCCGUCAGUACAGUCAUCUCUCUGCUUGUUCGGCGGGACUGAUGGCUGGGGAGAUGACGAUCUUGGGUCGGUAUCCCAGGGUCCCUGCUGCUCUGACAGUCGACGGGUUCAGCUGUUUUGACUCUCCUGUUGGCUGGCUACUUGGCACAGCAGUAUUUACCACUGCCUACUCCCAAAGUGAUUGGCAUUGACCUGGGUACCACCUAUUGUUCCGUUGGUGUGUUUUUUCCUGGAACAGGAAAAGUAAAGGUGAUUCCGGAUGAAAACGGGCACGUCAGCAUCCCCAGCAUGGUGUCCUUUACUGAUGGGGACAUAUAUGUGGGAUAUGACAGCCUAGAGCUGGCAGAUGCAAAUCCUCAAAACACAAUAUAUGAUGCUAAAAGGUUCAUAGGAAAGAUUUUCACCCCGGAAGAGCUGGAGGCCGAAAUCGGCAGAUACCCAUUUAAGGUUUUACAUAGAAAUGGAAUGGCUGAGUUUUCUGUAACAAGUAAUGAAACCAUCAUCGUUUCUCCAGAAUAUGUUGGCUCUCAAUUGUUGCUAAAACUGAAAAAAAUGGCAGAAGAAUACCUCGGAAUGCCAGUUGCCAAUGCUGUCAUUUCUGUACCAGCAGAAUUUGACCUAAAGCAGAGAAAUUCAACAAUUCAAGCCGCCAACCUUGCCGGCCUGAAGAUCUUGAGAGUGAUCAACGAACCAACGGCAGCAGCUAUGGCCUACGGUCUGCACAAGGUGGAUGUCUUCUAUGUAUUGGUCAUCGACCUGGGAGGAGGAACCCUUGAUGUGUCAUUACUGAAUAAACAAGGAGGGAUGUUUCUCACCCGAGCCAUGUCUGGAAACAAUAAACUUGGAGGACAAGACUUCAAUCAGAGGCUGCUUCAGUAUUUAUAUAAACAGAUCUAUCAGACAUAUGGCUUCCUCCCUUCCAGGAAAGAGGAAAUCCAUAGAUUAAGACAAGCCGUGGAAAUGGUCAAAUUAAAUCUGACGGUUCACCAGUCUGCUCAGGUAUCAGUUUUACUCAGUGUAGAGGAAGAGGACAGCCAGACACCUCAGGAUGGUGACUCUCCUCUGCCAAAAGAGCCCCUUUCCCCAGGACACAGUCACCAUGUGAACAGAGUGCUUAGACCGGGCCUUUCUGAAGGCAAGAGUGGGAAAAGCCAGGUGUUGUUUGAGACAGAAAUCUCACGCCAGCUCUUUGACACCCUCAAUGAAGAUCUCUUUCAGAAAAUCCUCGUGCCUAUUCAGCAAGUAUUAAAAGAAGGCCUCCUAGACAAGACCGAAAUCGAUGAGGUGGUUCUAGUCGGGGGCUCGACUCGUAUCCCGCGGAUCCGCCAGGUCAUUCAAGAGUUCUUUGGAAAAGACCCCAACACGUCUGUGGACCCUGACCUAGCAGUGGUGACAGGAGUGGCCAUCCAGGCGGGGAUCGAUGGAGGCUCUUGGCCUCUCCAAGUCAGUGCUUUAGAAAUCCCCAAUAAGCAUUUACAGAAAACCAAUUUCAACUGAGCUCUGAGGGUGUGCUGGUAACUGAUCUUGCCUAAUGAUUUUGAUGAUCUGCAUUGUGAAGCCUCCUUCAGAAAAGAAGGACAUGAACUAGCUCUCAGAUCAUCCUGAGGACAUUUAGACAGGAACAUUUUUAUGUAAUGUUGCAUUUUAGAAUUGAAUGUGACCAGUUGAGUCCUGUUUGUGUUGGAGAACUGUCAGUUUAUGAAGUGACAGCAUGGAGGUUAGCCACUUUUCUGGAUCCUGGAAGUAGGUAGCCAUUUGCACUCACUACUUUGGCAGUAUCUCAUACUCUCAGGAGCAUUUGUUAGGAGCUACUGUGGGCCAUGGUGCAACUACAGAUGAAAGCAACAGUUUUCAGAGUCAGUUGCACUGCUGGCUCUACCAGGCAGGCUUCCUCCAUCUAAAAAAUUCUGAGGUGGGUUGACAUCUGAAUUAUCAAUUGCUAUAAGCUGUGAUUGUGUCAUGGCCCAUAAUAGCUCAUGAUACAUGCUCCUGACAUACAUAGUGCCAUUUAUAAGCCCUCCAGUUUGUACGAAUUUUUAUUACUAGGGGCUGAUAAUUCAUUACUUGGUUAUCAAAUAUAACUCCUAAUUUGGUCUAUACUUGAAGGACUGUUGAUGUCAGGAAUUUACAUUGGCCUGGACAUAGCAGUAUUAAUACACUGCAUAGAUAGUAUUCAUCAACUACCAUAUAAAUUGUACUUUAAAAAUUUCUCUUUCUAUGUGUUAUAUUCUCCUAGUCUACAGAUUUUAAUGUCUUUAAAAGACCAGCUUUUCUUCCUAAAAUGGCUACAGAUUGAUUCAGUCUUUCCUGCCAGAUAAUAGAAAUUCCUGGUUCUUUUUUCUUCAAUGUGACAUUCUCUGCUUUUAUUUUCACAGUUCUGCUUGGUAAGAAAACGGGACUUAUCCGUUGCCUUUUCAAAGUGCUAUCACAAUGAAGCUGCGUUACUCUCUGUUUUUGCUAUCCAGGAAUUUUGCACAGAUCAGAUAUUGUAGUGAUUAUUUAUAUUUGGCUGUGUUAUUUUGUUUGCUUUUUUUCCCCAGGACCAAACCUAGAAGUACAAGAAUAUAAUCCAACUACUUUGGAAACUGAGGCAGGGGCCUCACAACAAGUUCAAGGCCUGUCUGGGCUACCAGGAAGUUCUAGGCCAGCCUGGGCAACUUAGGGAGACCCUGUCCGUAUCUCAAAAGCAAAAGUGAAAGAGGGAGGGAGAAGGCAGGGGACAUAGAAGAGAGCAAACACAAGGCAGAUGGCCACAGGGACCAAUGGAGAAAAUAUCGUAGUUUGACUUUGUGUUGGCCAUGUUACUGGAAGAUAUAUAAUUUUUUGCUUUAAUGAAGGCAUAUAGGAAUUAUAUCCUGGCUGUCUUAUUAAUAUAAAGUGUAUUCUGUUUAUCAGUGUUGUAAUAACUAAAGAAGAGAACUAAGAAAGUUUCACUAAGAUGAAGCACUUUGGCUUCCCAGGGUGCCAUGUUGAAAGGUGGUAUUUCUUUAUAGCUUGAUGAAGAAAAAUGUUCUUCAAUAGUGAAGUUGCUGUUAGCUAUCAGUCAUUUUUGUGCACCAAAAGUGUGCAGUAGAUAGGCAGGAAAACACAAGAUGUGCAGUAGAUAGGCUGGAAAAAAAAUAAAGAUGCUUUAUUUUAGAAAUAAGAGAGAAAAUGCCAAAGACAAGCCCUUAAGAGAUUCUGAAAAUAUUCAAGACUGAAUCUCUGAUUCUAGAUUACAAAGUAUCUGUGUGAACAUGUCUGAGACUCAAGUCUUCAAGUUAUCCUACAGUCCCCACGCGUGCUUUUCACUUUCUCGUAAGCCAUUUAGGGUUACAAAGAGCAAACUUGAAUAUAUUAGAUAUUUGGUAGAACUCAAGACAUGAGCAAGAACAAUUUGCAGAAUGGAACAGAUAAGUAAUACUAAAAUGGGAAGGCAGAUACUGUCCGUGAAAACCUAGACUAGUGCUGUUGGAGUCGGGGCUGAGCAGUUAGAGUCCUCUUCUCUAGUAUAGUGCAAUGUUAAAAACAGUGGAGGAAAUGCCUUCAAUCCUAUGUUACAGAGUUGCGUAGACCUAAUUUUGACGUCAGUGGAGUUUAUUCAAAAGGUACAAAUGCACCCUAACAGGGACUAUUGGUUAAAAUCCAAGAUCAUUUUUUCAUAAAAUGAACCUUUUAGUUGUAUAUUUGGCUGCUGGUUUUUGAAGUCUGUGACUUUAAGAAUACUGAGUAAUGAGUAAUUUAUUUUGUAUCCAUGUUUUGGUACUGUGUCCUCACUCAAGCCACUAACUUAACAGAUACCACUGUGUAUGAUAUGAACUCAGUAUGACAGUUACUGUAUAAAACAGAUUGUGCCUCUUAAAUAUGUGUGUACAGGUAAUUCACAUUUUGCUGUAAACGCAUACCAUUUUGCAGUUUUGUUUGUGAAUUGUUUAUUUUUCACCCAUGGCUGGGGUGAAGUAUAUUUUUGAUGUGUAUAAAUACAGAUAGAUAUGUACAAACUUUACAGCAAGUGAUCUAAUUCCCGAAGUGUCACAUCUUCCUGCAUCCUAUACGCCUCAUGGGAUUUCUCCUACAUUUCCCUCAUAUCUCUAAUUUAGAAGAGCUAGUUCUUAUAUGAACAGUUUCUUUAGAAUUCUGGUUAACAAGCCAUGACUUCUAACUAAUGGAGUCAAGUGCUGACUUGAUCCAUUUAAAAAGUCUACAAACCACCCAACUGGAAUCUUUCACUUGGCAGUUAAUACUUCAUAAUUUUUAAUAAAGUUUGUGUCAAUCUUUUGGAAAAAAAUUA